AUGGCUCCCAUACCCACAAUACCAUACCAACACACACAUCCCCGACCCCCCCGCACACCCCCCCAUGGGCUGCUGGACAGUGCUCUUGAUGACUUUGACAAGACCAAGCCGGCCCCACCACCCCCAGCGACUGCCGGAGCAGGAGAUGCCAGCAGUGCUGAGAAGUCUCCUAGCGAUGCUGCCAAAGACUCUCUGUUUGCCUCCCAGGAAAAGUUCUUCCAGGACUUGUUUGACAGCGAGCUGGCAUCGCAGGCCACGGCCGAGUUUGAAAAGGCCAUGAAGGAGCUGGCCGAAGAAGAACCUCACCUUGUGGAGCAGUUUCAGAAGCUUUCGGAGGCAGCGGGCAGAGUGGGAAGUGAUGCUGCAUCCCAGCAAGAGUUCACCUCCUGUCUGAAAGAGACGCUCAGUGGCUUAGCCAAGAACGCCAAUGACCUCCAGAACCCCAGUGUAUCCGAAGAGGAGCUGGCAAAAGCCAUGGAAAGCCUGGGCAUGGAGGAGGGCGAGAGCGAGGGGAACAUCCUGCCCAUCAUGCAGAGCAUCAUGCAGAACCUACUCUCCAAGGACGUGCUCUACCCCUCCCUCAAAGAAAUCACAGAGAAAUACCCCGAGUGGCUGCACAGCCACCGUGACUCCCUGCCUGAAGAGCAGUAUGAGAAGUACCAGGAGCAGCACAGCAUCAUGGGGAAAAUCUGCCAGCAGUUUGAGGCCGAGCAGCCGACGGACAGUGAUGCCGAGCAGAAGGCUCGCUUUGAGAUGGUCUUGGACCUCAUGCAGCAGCUGCAGGACUUGGGGCAUCCUCCGAAGGAGCUGGCGGGGGAGUCGCCCCCAGGCCUGAACUUCGACCUUGAGGGGCUGAACCUGCCGGACGCAGCCAGCGCUGGAGGCGAACAGUGUCGGAUCAUGUGACCCCACUCCCCCGCAGUCAUGGCGAGGGGGGACAGGUGCUAGCAGGGGCACAGGCCCUGCCCUGGCUGCGGUGUCUAGAGCUCAUUAAUCUAUAAUCACAGCCCCGCUAGGGGGACCUAAUCAGAGGCCUCCAGAGAGGCCAGGACUAACGGACUGGUGCCUGGCAGGGUUGUCUGGAGCACUGCCCUGGCCUGGGCCCUCUGCCCUGGAGGUGCCCCAGACUGGUGCUCUCACUCUUCCUACUUAACCCCAUGGGUGCUGGGGUCUUGUGGAGCAACUGCUGUAGGGAGCAUCUUAGGAAGCACAGGGCUGCAUUUGAUUGAUUGUGCUGUGAAAUCCGUUCCCGGCUGGAAGGAACAACCAUCUCCCUUGGCCCAGGCACUUCUCAUUUAAGCCUCUUCCUGCUGCACAGACCCCCAGAUGGGCAGGGCUGGGGGAACUUUGCUAUCUGUCUGCUACAACCGAGCCAUCGGGCUCAGGCUCCCAUCCUGCCCUGCCUGCCAACAGGCUCUGGUGGUCAGCCAUGCAGGGGCACAUCCCCUCGAGGACAGGGAGGGAAUGGGUUAAUCAACUCCCUUGAAAGGGGGAAAGGAGUUGCAGCUUGCUGCAGUCUGUGCCAGCCCCUUCACUUGGCCUGCAUCAGCAGCAGCCAGGACCUCCAUCUCCAUUUGAAGCAGCUGGGUUUAUUCUUUAGUCCACCAGCUGCUGCCUUUGCUAAAGCAAUGCCAGUCCCAGCCCCCAGGAGCAGCCGGUGUAAGACCUGCCUGACCCCUCAGACCUCCUGUACCUGACACCAGCAGUCACUGCCCUGGGAGACCCCUGCUCAUGGUGGUUUGUGCAGCGCCUCCUUGACCAGGACCUCUGAAUCUGGGCACAGGGGGAGGUCUCCCAGGAGUGAGGCUCUGUCUUGCCUGCCCAUGACCUUGCUGACUUUGGUUUCAAUUGCUGGCCGUUAUGUACAGGGAGGAUGUUGUUCCUCCUAGCAUGCAGCCCCCUCUGGAGAGGCACAGAGGCUGCGUCAGGAUUGCCCCUGGGGCAGGAAUGUUCCCGGGGCUGCUGCUGGCCAGUGUCCAGGUGUCAGCUCUGGUGGGACUUCCCCGCCCCUGCUGGCAGGACCUGGCUGUACGUGAUGGGUUACCUGAAUGACCCAAAUAAAGGUGGUGGCAAUCUCCCUG